UCCUGUGUGCCAGACACUGAGUUUGCGCUGCGGACGCCCCUUGAAGGCGGCCGUGGACCACAGGCAUCCCCAGCUCUCUCUCAGUGCUCCACACAGCAUCCCGGGGAAGGACUUGAGGAACUGAAUCUGAAUGGAAACGAAAAGAAAGGGCCCAGCUAUGUUAUUCUGUCAUGACCACCCCCGAGGUAGAACUGGGCUCAAGGAAGGAACCUUCCCAACGUUAGCUCGACUCCCUCCAGCCUCUGUAUGCGGAUACCAGGCUCUCCGAUGUUUAGUGGAGGACGCUGGAAUGCAGAUUCGUAACCGGGUAGCUGCGGGGACGCCUGACGUGACCAAGCGGGACUACCUGGUAGAUGCAGCCACUCAGAUCCACCUGGCCCUGGAGCGAGAUGUCAGCGAGGAUUACGAGGCCGCCUUCAACCACUACCAGAACGGUGUGGACGUGCUGCUCCGCGGCGUACACGUUGACCCUAACAAAGAGAGACGUGAAGCUGUGAAGUUGAAAAUUACCAAGUACCUACGGAGGGCAGAGGAGAUCUUCAACUGCCACCUGCAGCGGACACUGGGCAGUGGAGCCAGCCCAGACACGGGCUUCAGCAGCCUGAGGCUCCGGCCCAUCCGCACACUGAGCUCUGCUCUGGAGCAGCUGAGAGGAUGCAGGGUGGUUGGGAUCAUUGAGAAGGUGCAGUUGGUCCAGGACCCAGCAACGGGAGGAACCUUCGUUCUGAAGAGCCUUCCCAGAUGCCACGUGGUGAGCCGGGAGCGGCUGACCAUCAUCCCACACGGCGUCCCCUACAUGACCAAGCUGCUGCGCUACUUUGUGAGCGAGGACUCUAUCUUCUUGCACCUGGAGCAUGUGCAAGGAGGCAGGCUGUGGUCACAUCUACUCUCCCAGGCCCACUUUAAAUAUGCUGGGCUCAAGUCUGGCUCUGCUCAGGAGAAGUCAAAAGUCCAGCUCAACACCCGCCUCUGCCUCGUGACCCCAGCAAAGCUCCACACUUUGGGGCAGGACAGAAUCCCAACGGAGCCCCCAUGGACUUCUCAGAGCCUUCCCCCAGUCAAGGGGGUCCCGUCCCUCCAGCCUCAGGAAGAGGCUGACAGUGAACCUUCGGCCAGGACCAGUCCUUUCUGCUUUUCGGACCUCACAGAAGCUCCAUGUGGCCACUCACGCAGCCAAGUCAGGCGAGCCGGCCAGAGUUCGAACACUGCACCCAGCCGGAGGCUCCACUGGUUACGGGAAGGGGCUGACCGGGUGCUAGGGGUCUAUGGCCGAGGCAGAGGCCAGAACCCCCCAUCGGCAAACAGGGCCAGCUUGGGGUGUGGACGAGCCGUCUGGAGCUCGAGGGAGGAGCAGGUGAGGCAGUGGGCAGCCGAGAUGCUCGUGGCCUUGGAGGCACUCCAUGAGCAGGGGAUAUUGUGCCGCGACCUUAACCCACAGAACCUGCUUCUGGAUCAGGCAGGUCACAUCCGACUCACGUAUUUUGGCCAGUGGUCAGAAGUGGAGCCGCGUUGCAGCCAGGAGGCUGCAGACAGCCUGUACAGUGCUCCAGAGGUCGGGGGGAUUUCUGAGCUGACGGAAGCCUGUGACUGGUGGAGCUAUGGGUCACUUCUGUAUGAACUGCUCACGGGAACGGCCCUGUCCCAGAGCCACCCCUCAGGAUUCCAGGCCCACACCCAACUUCAGCUGCCGGAGUGGCUCAGUCGCCCAGCAGCCUCUCUGCUGACAGAGCUGUUGCAGUUCGAUCCCCAGCGGCGCCUUGGUGCUGGAGGUGGUGGCGCCAGCAAACUCAAGUCCCACCCCUUUUUCAGUACUAUUCAAUGGAGCCGACUAGUGGGGUAAGGGGUAAGUGGACAAAGACGAUGGCCUAGUUCUUGAUUGUCUGCCACCUGGCUGGCCCUUCAUCAAUGGACCUCAGGGGACGAAGGUGGGGCGGUAGCUGCUCUACCUGCUCAGAACCUGCUUGGGCCUCAGACGGGUGACUGCUUCUGUCCUAAAGAAGUCAGCCCCUGUAACUGUUGGGAGAGGCGGUGAGGUGCACCCUGCUGAGCAACCUGCACCCAUCAGCAACAGAUGCCUGUUGGACACACACCUUGCACCGUUGGCUGGGACCUCUCAUGUUAAAGGCUGCCUUCUGUUGCUCUAGCUCCAAACGUCUCAACACCAGCCGAGCCGACUGACACACUUGGUGACACACACCAACCACUUAAGACAUCUCAGGACACUGAUCCCAUGACUCAGUAGACCCAAUCCAAGACUGUCCUGGGUCCAUUUUCGCAGGCUGCUUCUACCAGAUGUUUGUUCCCACAGGGGUUGGGACACUUGGAAGUAGAUUAUUCUGUAGGGUUAAGUGGGGAGAGGUGGGGAAGUAUGGCCCACUGACUUUGGAGAAUCAACUAAGGGGAAGAGAUGUCAGUAGGGUUACAAGUGGGUAAGAAUGCACUUUUAGCACUCAGACUGAGUUUGCAAACAGAAUAAAGAGCUUUAUUCUCUGGCUGGCUCUCGUGUGUCAGAAGGGUCUGCUGCACAGGCCGUCGGCAGUCUUUUCUCAGGCUGGUUGUUUCCAUUCUGCAUUUUAGUAUGAAGUUUAUUCAAUCCACUGUCCGCUUUUAGAACGAGACACCACAGAACAUACGGACUGAUUUUACCCAAUGCUUUAAGUCCAGUAUUGCUGGUUUCUGAAGAACUAGGUAAGUGGGUAUCUGCACAGUCCUUUCCCUAGGUUUGAGAACAGGACAACCCAGUCCCCGAAGUGUGGCACAUGCAACAAAAUUUCACUUGACCAAUCUCCAGAUCCCUCCAGUGUUACAACACAGGUAGCAUCUGGUAUAGUUCACCCAUCGGGCAACUCACCAAACACGUGUGUGUGUGUGGGGGGUGGCAACACAAGGAGACACCCAAUACUCCUGGUGCUGAACCUGGAGCAGAGGACAAGAAAAGCGCAGCUGCUCCAUGGCUGGAAUCCCAGCAGCCCCUGGGGCUGGUCCACUCUCUAAUAAAGCCUUCUCUUUUGGUAGCAUCUUUGUCUCAUUGCUACAGUCAAAGUGGUCUGAAAGGAAGCAGCCCCUGCUCUUCCAGAACGGGCUCAGGAAAGAGAGGAAAGGGAAGAGAUGCCCUAGAAGACCAUGGUGCCUGAGGAAAACACUACCUUAAUCUCCACAGUGAGCCCAUGGAAGCUCCUCCUCAGAAAAGAGGUUCUGGAGAGGUUUAGAACCGACCACUAGAGCUGGCUCACAGGUGUAGGCUGCUGUGGUAGACCAUGCAAACCAACUUCUGCCACUGCUUGAAGUACAAGCCACUUCGUUUGGAACACCAAGGUCCCAGCUCUGACAGCAGCUAUUCCAGAAGUUGCUGGAAACAUUGUAUCUGGUAGCAUGUCUAGCACUGAGCCUGACACACAAUUCACUGAACCACCUACCAGCUUCCUCUUCCUGCGACAGGGGGCCUCACUGCAGGCAGGAUCAACAGACCAGGUUCUGUGUGAAGGCUGGGAGGGUCCAAGUCUACCCUCCAUCAUACCCAUUAUCCCUUGUGGUCACCCUAAAGUGACCAACCCUGUCCUGUCCCUCACAUACUACUGCUCCUAGGCAACCUCUGUUUAUUCUAACCACAAACAUCUUGGUACACAUGUGACAACUAAGUUCAAGUGAAAUUAGAAGUGUUCAUGUCUCUCCACUCCAUCUCAGAAAUAACACAAGUCCCUCAAAGGGGCAACUGUUCCCCGGUGUUUUAAAGGGCUUCACAUAGGAGCUACAUCUCUUCAAGAGUUGGCUUGUCACAACUGUCGGGCUCCCUGAAAGGAACCCAGGGUACUAAGUGGUUUGUGGGUGCCCCUGGCUGACAGUUAAGUUAGCAUAGCCCUAACAUGUCUAAAGUAUGGGAUGGGGGCCUCAGGACACCACAAGAUAGCAAUUCAAGAAUAAGUACUUUUCAAUGAUAAAGACACUGUGGCUGUACAACCUCAAGGACCAAAAGGAGCACAGAUGCUGGAACCCUGUUUGAGAACAUUUGCCCUUUAAUUUUCAUUCAAAAUCAGCCUCUUUAAAUAUUUUAGCUACAAGUUCUGGAUAGUGAAGAUGUAGUAGCAGACGCCACAGGCACUCAAUACUGGCCUCUCCCCCUCCCCCCAGCUUGUCCUGGAUGACAGAAAAAAAGG